AUGGGGUCGCACCCCAUUUCGGCAUUUCAAUAUUGGCAGGACAUGGCUGGGUAUAGUGACCAAGUAUCUUCAGCCUGGGUGGUGGACACAAGUGGCUGCACGAUGAUUAAACUCAUUCACAAAUUGGAGGCCACCAGGGACAAGCUAAAGAUUUGGUGCAAGGGUGGAGCCAAUGAUGUGCCACAUCAAAUAAUGGAGAUUAAUGCCAAAAUCAAGCAUGUACAGUCCCGAAGUGAAAGUGGCCACCUUGAGGCCAUUGACAAAGAAUGCAAUCUCAAGCAUGAUCUUUCCACGCUAUUGUGGUUAGAACAAUGUCAGUGGCACCAGAAAUCUAGAAUCAAAUGGAUGAGGGAUGGGGACCUAAACACCAAAUUCUUCCAGGGGAUCGCUAAUGGGAGGAGACGGAGGAACAAAAUCGAAACCAUCUCCCAUGUGGGACAGCUCCUAACAAAUAUGCCUAAAAUUUUUACGGGUUGCACAGAUUUCUUUGCUGGUCUUACAGUGUUGCCGGAGGAGAAUGUGGAACUCUUGAAACCAGUCACUGCAGCAGAAAUCCAGUGGGCAGUAAUGGAGGCUGAUAGAGACUCCACACCUGGCCCAGAUGGGUUUGGUAAUAGCUUCUUUCAGAGCAACUAG